AUGUCGAACCUAGAUCCCCAAACACCCAAUUUGCGUUCACAGGAGAAUAACAAUGUCCCUUCGUCCGCCGACUGGAGGAAUGCUACUAUGAAUGAACAGAGCAUUAGCCAGAACUCGGAGCUCGCAGUGUCAAUCUCCACCGGGAAACCCAACUCCCUGCUCCGAUCAUCAACGUUUGCGCCCUCUCCCACCACAGGCGAGCCUACUUGUCUUGAGAACGAGAAGCCUCUCUCUCGUCUCGACACGACCUCUUGUCCGCAGCCUAGAGAUAGAAAACGCUCGACUCCUUCAAGUCCCUCCAGCGCCGGGCUCCGGGUUCAGACCGAUAUCAUUCCGGGCUCUACAGAUACAGCUGCGAGUACUACUAGCACGGCGAGGAGGCCAAGCGAUUCAACGCGGAUCCCACCCAAGACCAUAUCCUCAACGUUAGCAAGGGCGCCGAGUGUCAAGAGCGUUUUCGCGAGCAGUGUAGGCAGCAGCUCGAACAUUGGAUCUGCGCCCAACUCGGCCUUCUCUUCGCCGAUGUUGAAUGCCAUGGGAGACGUUACACCUCUUCCCUCACCACUCAUGACUGGCGACUCGCCCGGACCUUGGAAGAAACUCGCGGCUCGGCCCUCCUCGAGAGACAUGACGGUGCCCAAUACUGCCGAUUCGGCGUUGGUGACCACGAAUGGGGAGUCUGUUUCGGUAGCCAUUGCGAAUCAGUCGAAGAGGCGCGCGUACCAUGGCUUAUCGGAAUCUAUCGGGUCUGGGCCGAACAUCAUACAGAGCACCAAGGAUAUGAAUGCGGAAGGCCAUGCGAGGAACAGGAGCGUUAGCGAGUACGUGCCCGAGAACGCCCCGCUACCAAAGUCAAGGCACAUUACCGUUUCAGGAUCCCAUGCGGCAGUUCUAGAUGUGGCGAGUGAGCCUCUAGCGGAUACGCACAUGCGAAGGGAACCUCACUUGGCAGUACAAAGAGGUCUGGCGCCAGUUCCUAAACCACCGACUCCACCCUCGAGUAGAACUGGAGCAGAAAGCAGCGACAGCGAAUCGUCCCUAUCAACCGAUUUUUUGAGAUCGCAUAAGAAACCUCGAUACGAGAACUAUGACGCAUACACCCGUGAAGACUCGAAACGUAGGAGAUGGAGAGCCUUGAAGAUUCUAGGGGAAGGGACUUUUAGCAAGGUAAUGCUCGCGACAAGUCAAGUGCCAGAUUCAGAGGACCGAGUAGAUGAGGACGACGUGUUCGGAUCCCAGAUGGACGGUAUAAUGACUCCGGCGCCAGAGACGAAGAUCGACCGGAAAAAGCUCGUUGCCGUGAAAAUAUGUGAGCAUGGCCCAAAAGGAGGCGCCUCUGAGGAGCGCGUAGAGAUGUCUCUAAAGCGAGAAUUGGAGAUCAUGAAAUCAAUACACCACCCCUCACUCGUCCAUCUCAAGGCCUGGAACAUUGAAGAAACGCGCGCGAUUCUGGUUCUCAGCUACUGCCCCGGCGGCGAUCUUUUCGAAGUCGCCAGCGAGCACCGCGAUCUGCUCGUCCCCGGAUUGCUACAGAGGAUAUUUUCCGAGCUGGUGGCUGCGGUACAGUAUCUACACGAUAGACACAUUGUGCACCGAGAUAUCAAGCUUGAGAAUGUCCUUGUUAACCUCCCACCAAACGAGCUGCAACGACCCCAGAACUGGGCUCAGUACCCCAAUUCCAUCAUCACGCUCACGGACCUCGGAUUGUCGCGUCGAGUGGCGGAUGACGAGAAAUUGACUACACGCUGUGGAUCUGAUGAUUAUGCCGCUCCGGAAGUAAUCAUGGGACAGCCUUACGAUGGGAGAGCGACAGAUGCUUGGUCCCUAGGUGUUCUUCUGUACGCUCUGCUCGAGAGUAGAUUGCCCUUCGACCCGAACCCAGGGAUGUCCGAAGGCCACAAGCAGCGCAGUCGCACUAGCCACCGUAUCGCAAGAGUCGAAUGGCGCUGGAUAGAAUAUGCAGGUGACGAAGGGGACCACGAAGGCGACCCUGAGAAAUUCAAGGCGCGCGGACUUCUUGGUGCCAUGAACGUCACUGAGGGCCUCCUAAAGCGAGCCCGGAGUCGGUGGACCAUGGCUCAAGUUGCGGCAGAGGAGUGGGUUAAAGGGGGUAUCGAUCUUGACAACGGGAUCAGAUUCCGUGAGGAGGAUGUUCCUGAAGAAGUGUCCGACAACGGCUUAGGGUUAGGUGGGAACGAUCGGACUGGGAGGGAGAAGGACUCAGGAGGGGCCAGGAAGGGAGAAACGGGAGGAAUGAUAGGAGGAUCGGUGAGAACGAUACCAAAUGUCGCUCCUCGGAAACACCUUCCCAUGGGGGAGAGAGACUCAGGGCGGGACGAGGAAAUUGCAACCGAUGGCACCGGCUUGGGGCUUUCGCGAGUCCGCAGGCCGUAG